AUGGAGAAUCUGGCAAUGAAGGAGCUAGAGAGAGGGCGUGAACUUGCUAACCAGCUUCGACGACUGAUCUUUAGGUCUGAGGAUGGAGAAGAUGAUCAUAAGACUAAGGGCUUAACGACGUCGUCUGCUGAGGAUCUUGCUGCGAAAGUGCUGGAUUCUUUCGCCAACACACUCUCUCUCUUCAACUCAAAUCGCCAUGUUUCUGCAGAUCCCUCCUUGUCUUCCUUCUGUCCCUUGCCUGCUCACUCUGGUGACUCUCAGGAGAGCUCUAAGACCAGAAGCACCUCCACCACCAUUAAAGAUCCAACAAGAUGCACUCCCAAGAAAAGGAAAAGUAGUGCCCAGACAUGGGAGGAGGACACCAAAAUGGGUCCAAAGGAAGAUGG